CCCCGCCAGCCCCGGGCCCCCUGCGGGAAUGUUCAAAAAUGAGUACCAGGGAGGUGCAUUCGUUGAAAUCUUCAGUGCUCAGGGGAAAAAUCCUGGAGCAAAAUGGAAGAUCCUUGGCAGUUCUUCUGUGAUUUGGAAAGAGUUUGAUAAAGAAGUUAAAAGUUUUGUGUUUGUCCUGGAAGGCAGCAGCCAAACGAACAAAAUUCAAUUACCAAAGGAGAAUAAGCAAAUCCUUGGACUGAUCCAGAGGUUUCUUGUGCUACAGAUUUAUGUACCCCUGGGACAGGACUUCUCCGCUGAAUUGCUGAUUACUGAUUUAAGAAACAUCAAAAGAAGAUUGUAUUUAUCAACAGUCCAUAAGGAACUGUCCGCAACCCCUCUUCAUGCAAAGAUCCCACUCUUCAUGAUCAAGCGCAAAAUUUGGUGCAAUCUGUGCAUUGACUUGGUAGCUUUCACCAGUGAAAUCUUCAAGGGAGCGGUGUUCCAGUCACUGGAUGGGGUUAUUGUCUCGGCUACCUGUAAGCUACGCAAGAUCUUCACUUUAAAAGCAAAGCCUCAAGACACUGCUGACAAAGAUGCUGUAUACGGUGCCCCUUUCCCAACAGAUGAACCUACAGACAUUAUUCCACGGAGCUGCCAACUAACAACAGACGUCCCACAAGUCACACAGCUGCUCAAUAUGACCAAACUGCGCCAAACGGAAAUAAAAUUUGGAGGUCAUCCCCUGCGUUCAGCAGAGUCAGACCAGUUCAUUAACCGAGGAGUGGGCAGCGGACGCAACAAUAAAAACCAAGAUGUUUGUCAUAUCGCCUUCGGAUCCAAAGUUCCCGGACCACCUCCACUCUCUGGCAGAAGGAACAACAUGAGGAUAUCCCGUGAGUCACUUCACUCCAUCGGGUCCAAAAGCAGCAGGUCCUGGCUGCAGCCCCCCAUGGAGAAGUGUGUCAGCAGUGUGGACAUGCCCGCCUUACUGACCGCUGAGUCUGAGGAGCAGGGGGACAAAGAAAACAUUCACCAAAUAAAGCCAGCUCUACCUGCAUGUGCCAGUCUACACAUUAUGCAUCCACAUCCCCCUCAAGAAGCAUCGGCAGAUAAGAAUAAUAGCAGAAGAAGAUUGCGAUUAAAAAGCUCCAGCAGGGAAAGGACAGAGACGCCCAGCGGCAGCUCUUCUGGAAAUAACAGGAGCGAAGACAAAGCCACAGCCAUCCUCACCUCUCUGUCCCCCCCAAGAGAAGAGACACUGAACCCCAGCACUCCCGAAGCCCAGUCUCCUGAUCAAGCAGAUGAGUGGAUAUUUCCUCACAAUUAUGAUCCCAUUCCCCAAUUGGAAUCUAGUAGACAGUCUUUACUUCUGGAUGAGGACUGCUGUGAGGCUUCCCACCUGUGGCCAGAGGUCAGCCAGGAAAUUGAACAUGACCACCAAACAGAGGCAAGCCAGGUCGUCCCAAAGGGCAUCUUCACUUUUUCCUCACGACCGCGCUCAGCUCCUCGGGGAAAGACUCAGAGCUUGUCCCCAGAGGGGUGCCCGUUUACUUUGGAUCUGAAAGAGGAGCGCAGUGAGAGAAGUAGAGGGGCCCAACUGGAUGGUUUCGAUGGCGAUGACAGCAGUGAAGAGGCUAGCCACAGUGCCCAGGGCUCUCCAGGCCCAGGCACCAGUCCUUUGUGGCUUCCUCCGGUGGCAGGCGAGAGCACGCUGGGGAAGCCCGGCACACAGACUCAGAAAGGACACCCCAGAAGCGCUGCAGCAGGAGCAGGAGCCUCCGAAAGGCAGAAUUCCGACGUCCAAACACGUUUGGUGCCUACGCCGUGCCUUUCUCCCCCUGGGAAAAGGUGUGAAUCCGCUCAGAAAACGCCAGAUCCCAUGUUCAAAGUGAAGGAUCGUCCAGUCCAUCAAGUGCCGGCUUCAAUAAACAAAACCUUCCUAAAAGAAGUCUCGGGGGAAAAGCUGAGGCGGACUCCUGACGCAUCUGAUUACGACUGUAGGAACUAUCAGCCCAACCCGAUGAGUGAGUCUGAGCUGCAGAUGCUGGCAAGCUUGCGGCGGCAGCAGGAGCAGGACGAAGACCUGGAGGAGGCUGGGGUCUCCCAUGGCCUGAGUGCAUCCCAGGUGGACAACUGCAACGUCAGCAUAAGCACCAGCAGUGAUGACACGGCCACCUGGAACUCCUGCCUGCCACCUCCUGUCAACCAAGGCCGUCACUAUCAGAAAGAAAUGAAUCCACCUUCACCUUCUAACCCCCGGGACUGGUUAAACAUGUUCAGCCCGCCCAUCGUGCCUCCCAGUAAGCAGCCAACCGAGCAGCAUCCGGAUUCCUCAGGAAGUUCCUGUGCUCAAGGUGAAGAAGAGCUGAAUGCGGACGAGGACGAAGAAGUGCUGACUCUGUUGUAUGACCCGUGUCUGAACUGCUACUUUGACCCCCAGACUGGGAAAUACUAUGAGUUGGUAUAAUCCGUCCUUUCAGGAUAAAGAAGGCUUGCCGCCGACCCCUCACCUGGAGCAGUCUGACACUUCAGCUCCCGUCACAGAAGGCACCACAGUGUGUGUGCUGGGCAGAGCUGUGGAAUCUAAAGUCACCGAGAGAAAUGAACUUUAUUUUGUAAAUAAUGUUCCAUGUUAAGAAUGGCUGUGUUCUUUUUGUAGAUGUGUGCGACCUUGAACCUGUGAGGAAAUUCAAUAACAAAGACAAGCUUUUAAGACUUUGAAUUGAUUCUUAUGUGUUGGUUCUUUUCCUGCAUAUAAAUUUUUUUUUCUUUCACAUAAUUGUAUGUAAACAAAUUAAGAGUUAUUAAUUCAAUUUUUGCCAGUGUUAAUCUGUAAAUGAUGGCUUGAUAUACAAGAAACAGAAUGUAUUCUUGUUUAAAAUAUAUUUGGGUACCUUUUAUUUUAUUACAUAUUUGUAUUAAAAAUAAAGCCUGCUGGCCAAAAGAAUACCUCCUAAA